UCUUCCUCCUUCCUUUCUCUUUCUCUGCAAAGACAUAAGCAUAUGCUUAUAAUAUUUAUAAAAAACCCACUUUUAAAAACCUAUGUGUGGGCGUGCGUGUCUAUCUCUAGCUACUUCUACUACACGCUGCAAUAAUGCGCAGCAUUAUUUGCUCUACUACUUCUCUUUACUUAAAUAGACCUAGCUAAAAACGCGUAGAAAAGCAGGUAUAUAAACCCCCCUUUCUUCUUCUCUUCCUGCCUCUUUCUUUUACAUAUAGCUAGGCAUUUGCUUAGUAUACUAAUAAAGAACUACUACAUAAUGGAACAUGUGGGCGUGUGUUUGUCCCCUUUUCUACUUAUACAAAAAUAAGCCUGUUUUAUUUACAUAGUAGAUUGCAAUAAUAAUAAUAAUAAUAAUAAUGCGCAGCAUUAGCAUUGCUCCUCUUUUUUCCCUUAAAUAAUACUAGCAGAAAACACGUAGAUAGAACAGGUAUAUAAACUCCUCUCUUCUCUUCUCUCUCUUCUCCCUUCCUCUGUAGAGUCUUUUCUGCAACUUUUUAUUCUACUACUAAAAAUUCUCAACAAUCUACUGGAUGUCAUUGCUACACUUACUGCAUACAUAACUAAGUGCUUACCUAACAAAUGUGUAUAUAAACUCCCCUUUCUUUCCCUUUCUCUCUCUUCUUCUUUCCUUAAUACUAAAGGUAUAUGCCUAUCUAAACACGAAAAAAAAUACUAGACGCAAGACACAUGUGCGCCUGUGUGUGUGCGUACACAGCAAACAGAAAAACAUACAAGCUCUCCUCAACCAUAAUCUUAAAGUACAUAAAGAGUAGUAAUGCUCAUCAUCACCACCUUUUCCUAUUCCUCCUAAAGCGAACUAGUACACAACAUAAACACAAGUAUAUAAACCCUCCUCUUCUCCCUUUUCUUUUCUUUUUUCCUUUAUGCACAAACGUGCAAAGAGUUAUUGACCUACCAAAACUAUUUCUAUUGAAAUUAAUGUGCUGGUCGUGCGUCUGGAGACAUAAAAACAUGAUAGCGUUACUUAGCUGUGUGUUAAGUUUUUUUUUUUUGGUAUGA